AUGAGGGAAGAUCAACCCAGUAUUGCAACUAUACUGGAGAGCUUUGUGAAGCAAGGUAAACUUCAAAUACACAAGGCAUAUGUCCAGAUGCAGCCCCAAUUCCUUAAGGUUGAAUGGAAGAGUAUUCACAUGUACUCUCAGAUUCAUCCUAGGUUCAAGUGUCACCUAUUGUUGGCUAUUAACCAAAGAAUAGCAAUUUUGGAUAGGCUUGCUAAACUAGGCAUUCAAGUGCAGACAGAGUGUAUUUUCUGUGGAAGAGCUGAGGAAACAUUUGAGCAUCUUUAUUUUUGCUGUCAUAAUACAAACAGGCUGUGGGAAAGGUAUUGA